AUGGACCAGAACCAGCAGCAGUUCCACACCUACUACCCCCCGACGAAGCUCUCGGCCAUGUCCUUCCGCUACGGCGGCGACGUGCUCAACCUCGUGUCGGCGCGCCACCCCACCAUUGUGGCGCUGGCCAACCGGUACAUGGCGACCGAAUUCGCCGAUAAGCCCGAGACGUGCUACGCGCUCGUGGCGAACGUGAACUUCACCUGCGCCGCAUGCGACAGCGUGUGCGCUUUCGUCGUCGCCUCCAACCCCGAGUGGGACGAGAAGGACGCCCACCACCGCAAGACGGUACGCGACCUCGUCGCCAAGGCGCGCGCGUCGGACGACCCCAAGCUCUGUAUCCCAGUCAAGGGGCGAUACCUCCUCGCUGCAGUACAGUGCCACCGCUGUAUCACGAAGACCUUCUUCGGUCGGUGCCACCUCACCGUGGAGCGUUUCUCCGGCGUCGAGAUGACGCAGGACGCGCACAAGGAGCUGAUGAAGAACCUCAUCACCGUGUCCGAGUUCAUGGCGCAGCUUUCCGCCACCAACGCAAACCGCGAGCCCGACGCCAACGGCCUCGACACGGCAGGCCGCGCGCUCGCCGCCGUCAACCAGAUCGUCGACUGCGCGCGCGUCAAGGGCGCCGAGGCGCAUACCCAGCGUGAGCCUGGGUCACGCGUGCCGGACAUGUUUCGUCAUCUUGGCGACUGGUUCUGUCGCCCCUCGGGCUCGGGCUCGGGCUCUCGCCGUUGA